AUGGUUGGAUGCGGCCUUCUAUCCUCGUUCCUGGAACGCAAAGGGUUCAGGAAGGCAGGAAGACGUCGGCGCCGGACUGCCCGGAGCAACGAUUCCAAGACCUCUGGCACAAUCACCUCAUCCGACGAGGGUGAUGAGGACGAUGACUACGAUAGCACCGGGUCCUUGCGUCACGGGACAGAAUCCUAUCAUAAAGAGCAACCUGAAGAUGCCUUUGAGACGGAUCCCGGACUAUUGAAGAAACAUUCAUCCUAUUUGUCUUAUUCGACAUCCAUCGCUACCUAUCCGUCCAUCCGGACUUUCUAUCGCGAACAUCCUCAAGCUUCCAAACUCCCCACCAAGCCCACACCAAUCCCGCUGUUGGUUUUUGUUCAUGGCUUGGGAGGGUCAUUGUCUCAGUUUUCGCAUCUUCUAACCAGCCUGUCCAAUGUCGGGCCAUGCUUUGGGAUCGAUCUUCCGGGAUGCGGGCUAUCCUCGUUCGAUCCAAAAGCCUGGAAUGCCUAUACCGUUAACGCUUUGGCUGAGCUGCUUGCCACGGCUAUUGAACAACACCGCGACAAAGAAGCCGGUCAGGGGGUGGUCCUGGUCGCCCAUAGUCUAGGCUGUUCUCUCUCGGCCUUGAUGGCCUCCUCUACUUCCCCCAUCGGAAAUGACUUGAAAAAGCAUAUUCUUGGUCUCAUUGCCGUCUGUCCUCGUGCAUCCUCCCUCGCUCCCCAGCAAGUUACCUCAGUCCAACGUCUCCUUCGAAUCCCAGGAUGGAUUUUUGACUGCUGGCGGCGGUGGGAUCGCCGUGGUGGCUUGAACAGCGCCAGUGUCAACAGAAUGGUCGGUCCAUGUGCCGACUCAGAUACCCGGACCCUUCAAUUGCGUUAUAACAAGCAAAGCAAGACCCCAGUCUGGAGGCGCAUGGUCUCGGGUACGUUGCCUACGUAUGACUCAAAUGGGGUUCAGGUCGAUGGAAUCCCUGGCAAACAGAUUUGGGCCGGAGUUCAAACUCCCGUGUUACUUGUGGCUGGCAGUGCCGAUACUGUCAACAAGCCGGAGGAGCUUCGAGAACUACUGCAAUACCUGGGUGGCCAGGAAAAUACGACCGAUGCCCAUGACUCUGGGAGCAAAGUUUCUGAUGCUUUGGCCCACGAGGAGAAGUCCGGGGUCGAGCCCAUUGCCGAGGAGACCAAGACCGAGUCCGAACGCACAGUGAAGACGGUCAUUUUGCCUGCGCCCGCUUCCCACGCGCUCCUGUAUGAUCGUGCGACGUAUCGGACACUGGCUGGUAUCAUCCAAGACUUCUUACGCCAAUAUGCUGAUCAUCGACUUGAUCUCGGGUGGCAGCUGAAAUAUCUGAACACAUCCGGUAAAUGGGACGUCAAGAACUUGGCCAAAUGGAAAAAGGUACCGCCCGUCUCAGACCGGAUCGCGGAUACUUUUGUCGCCCUGAAAAUGCUACGCGAGGUGGACGAGGAGCACAAUCCCGUGCUAUUUUCGCAGGCAUACCGCGAUAAAAUCUACGCCGUCAUUGAUAUUAGCUACGAGAACCCGGUGUACGAUCCUGCGUCGCUGGAGAAGGGCGGCAUCCACUAUCACAAGCAUCCCACAGUGUCGAAGAUUCCCCCUGGCGCUGAUGAAGUCCGUGAUUUUAUUGCACUGGUGGAUCGCCUCCAGAACGAAAUCACAGAGAAGCUGGAGAAAUCGGGGUGCGACCAGCGACCGGUGGUGGGUGUUCACUGCCACUAUGGCUUCAACCGGACGGGGUUCUUGAUCGUUUGUUACCUGAUCGAGCGAUGCGGGUACGGUGUGCAGGAAGCCCUUGACGAGUUUGAGAGGCGCCGGCCGCCCGGAAUUCGUCAUGCGCAUUUUAUUGAUACUUUGUUUGUGCGAUACUGUGUCGGGCUUAAGGGAGCACCCACGCUUUAG